AUGGGAGAAGAGGGGGUGCAAGCUUCCAACUCUAAAUAUUCUCAUUCCGGAGGGGAAGAACGUCUAGAAAGUCCUUCUGCUAAAAAAUUAACAGAUAUCGGAAUUAGAAGAAUCUUUUCUUCAGAACAUGACAUUUUCCGGGAAAGUGUAAGGAAGUUUUUUCAAGAAGAAGUGAUUCCUUACCACGCAGAAUGGGAGAAAGCUGGAGAAGUGAGUAGGGAGCUUUGGGAAAAAGCUGGAAAACAGGGACUGCUGGCUGUCAAUAUUGCUGAGCUUCAUGGUGGUAUUGGUGGGGACUUUUAUUCGGCAGCUGUUGUUUGGGAGGAACAAGCAUAUUCGAAUUGUACAGGCCCAGGUUUUAGUCUUCAUUCAGAUAUUGUCAUGCCCUAUAUUGUAAACUAUGGCUCAGAAGAACAGAUUAAGCACUUCAUCCCCCAGAUGACCAGUGGGAAAUAUAUUGGUGCCAUAGCAAUGACAGAGCCUGGGGCUGGAAGUGAUUUGCAAGGAGUAAGAACAAAUGCCAAAAAGGAUGGAAGCGACUGGAUUCUCAAUGGAAGCAAGGUAUUCAUCACCAAUGGGUGGCUGAGUGACGUUGUGCUUGUUGUGGCAGUCACAAAUCGUGAAGCUCACUCGCCUGCCCAUGGCAUUAGCCUUUUUCUGGUGGAAAGUGGAAUGAAAGGAUUUAUCAAGGGACAAAAGCUACAAAAAAUGGGAUUAAAAGCCCAGGAUACUGCAGAAUUAUUCUUUGAAGAUGUCCGGUUGCCAGCUAGUAGUCUACUUGGAGAAGAAAAUAAAGGCUUCUAUUACCUCAUGCAAGAACUUCCACAGGAAAGGCUACUGAUUGCUGAGUUGGCAGUUUCAGCCAGUGAAUUCAUGUUUGAAGAAACCAGGAAUUACGUUAAAGAAAGAAAAGUUUUUGGGAAAACAGUUGCACAUAUGCAGACAGUGCAGCAUAAGCUGGCAGAAUUAAAAACACACAUUUGUGUAACCAGAGCUUUUGUGGACAGCUGUCUUCAGCUGCAUGAAAAGAAACGUCUGGACUCUGCCACGGCCUCCAUGGCGAAAUAUUGGGCAUCUGACUUACAAAACCGUGUAGCUUAUGACUGUGUCCAGCUCCAUGGAGGUUGGGGAUACAUGUGGGAGUACCCAAUUGCAAAAGCUUAUGUGGAUGCCCGAGUUCAGCCAAUCUAUGGUGGUACCAACGAAAUAAUGAAGGAGCUGAUUGCAAGAGAUAUCGUCCAUGACAAAUAGACAUCUGCCCACAUCCUGGAAUCCUGUUACAACUAAUCUGGUUUUAAAUCUACUCAAGAUAAAAUGCAACCUGGCAAGGGAGGAAAUGCUAAACAUGUUUUUAUAUGCUCUCUUAAAGAGAAAUCAAAUAUGAAAUUAAUACAGUGGUAGGAGAAACUUUGAAUUCAAAGAUUCUAAAAUUCUCCAGUACAAGGUUUAACUUUUAAUUUUUUACAUAGCUAAAAGGCAAACAUUUUCUGAUUCUAGAAACCUUGG